UGCAGACUGUGAUUGUGUUGCUGAUAGCCCCUGCAGACUGGACUACCGUUUUCUGUAAUUUCUACUGCCUGCGAGCUGCAUUAGAAAGAGCCUAGGAGACCAUCAACCCACGCAAUGGAGGCAGUGACCUUGGAGGAUGUACUUGUGAACUUCACCAUGGAGGAGUGGGCUCUGCUGAAUCCAUCCCAAAAGAAGCUCUACAGAGAUGUGAUGUGGGAAACAUUUAGGAAUAUGAACGCUAUAGGAACAACCUGGGACAGCCAGCAAAUUAAAGAAGAACUCAAAAAUUGCUUAAGCAAUUUAAGAAAUGAAGAGGUAGUGAAAUUCUAUCGAAACAAAGCUUGGAAUCAACACAGAAACAUAUUCCUUUGGACUUUAGAGGAGAAUGUGCAGGUGCAACAGGCUGCUCUAAAGCCACCUGAAAACCUUGCUUGUAGAAAACCCGUGAUUGGGCAUUCAUCAUUAAGUGUGUCCAUUUUACCUCCCACUGGACUGAAGCCACGUGAGUAUGUGGGAUUUGAUCAGAAGCUGUGCAAUUUUAAGGAACAUGGAAAAAACUGCAGUGAUUUACAAUCCUUUGAGAAGCAUGCAAGAACAAAGGCAGGAGAAAAAUCCGAUCAGUAUGAGCAAUGUGAGAAAAUCUACUGCGAACUUAAGGAAAGAACUCCCCCUGGAGUGGAGACCUUCGUAUGCAAGAAAAGAGUGAAAGCUUCCAGCACUCCCAGUGAUAUUAAAACCCAUGAAAGUAUUCACAGUGGGAAGAAAACCUAUAUAUGUAACCAAUGUGGAAAAGUAUUUGCUGUUAAGUCUACAUUUUAUAAACAUAAACAAACCCACACAGGUAAGAAAGCCUAUGUAUAUAAGCAAUGUGGGAAAGCAUUCACCACACUGAGUAAUUGUAAAAAUCAUGAAGAAAGACACAAUGGGGAGAAACCUUAUGAAUGUAAACAUUGUGGGAAAGGAUUCACUACACGGCAGUACUGCAAAGUCCAUGAAAGAAUUCACAGCGGUGAAAAACCAUAUAUAUGUGAGCAUUGUGGAAAAGGAUUUGCUCAUAGGUCUGCAUUUCGUGUACAUAAAAGAACCCACACAGGUGAGAAAGCCUAUAUAUGUACACAAUGUGGAAAAGCAUUCACUACACUGAGUAGUUGUAAAAUACACGAAAGAAAUCACAACGGGCAUAAACCAUAUGAAUGUGAGAAAUGUGGAAAAGCAUUCACUGCAUCUAGUUAUUAUAAAAAGCAUGAAAGAAUACAUAAUGGGGAGAAACCCUAUGAAUGUAAGAAUUGUGGGAAAGCAUUCCCUACCCGUAAUAAUUGUAAAGUACAUGAAAGAAUUCACACUGGGGAGAAACCCUAUCUAUGUGAUCAAUGUGGGACAGCAUUUAGCCAGCCAAGUAGCCUUAAAAUCCAUGAAAGAAUUCACACCAAGGAGAAACCUUAUAUGCCUAAGCAGUGUGGGAAAGGAUUCACUACACAACAUCAUUGUCAAAUAGGUGAAAUAGCUCAUGCUGAGGAGAAACCCUAUGUGUUCAGGCAAUGAGGGAAGGGAUUCACUACACACAGAUGUUAUCAAAGAUGUGAAGGAACGCAUUGGGCAGAAACCUUUUGUGUGCAGUGUGGGAAGGGGUUCUCUACACAUAAAUAUUGUCAUAGACAUGAACUCAUGCAGAUUGGUAACCCUUUGUAAGUAAAUUAUGUGGAAAAUGUUUCAUAGUGAAUCCUCAUGUAUAGAUCUCAUUGAUUUGUAACUAUAAAUAUAAACAUUGUGGGGAAGUUACUCAAUGAGCAGCUUGUACCAACUACAUGAAAGAAG